AUGGGGGAUAGCGACGAUGAAUACCAUAGGAGAGGGCGUGACAAAUUUACCCGCGAAAGGAAUGAUUAUUCCGAUCGCCCACGGCAGAGGGAUUAUGACUUUGACAGGCGUGGUGAUGGACACCAGUACUCUAAUGGUUCCUCUUUGAAGCGUUCUUCUUCUACGCGCCGUGAUGAUUACGGUGGGGGAAAUAAGAGGAGUCGCAUAGAUAGUUCAUCGGAUUCGUACGACCCUAUAAUUCGUCCGGCAGAAGAAUCACCUCCAAGAGUAAUGAUGACAUUCAAGAAGUUUUUGGCUACUCAGGACGACAAUAUUACCGACGAGGACGCAAUCGCAAAGUACUCGGAGUACAAGAUGGAGUUCAAGCGACAGGAACUACAAAAGUUCUUUGACGCUCACAAAGACGAAGAGUGGUUCCGUUUAAAAUAUCAUCCUGAUGAUAGCGGCAAGCGGAAAGAAGAACAAAAGAAAAAUUUAUUGCGACGGCUGGAAAUUUUUGAAGAAAUGCAGAACAAAGGUGUCAUAGACAAAAUCCAUGUUGAUUUUGAUUGUGCUGCUGACAUUAUACGCGUUAUGGACACUUUAGUUGUCAAGCUUGAAGGAGGUACUGAUGAAGAUGUUAACGCAUUACAGAAUGAGAAGAUUGAUGAUGAGUCUGUUAUCGAGUUAGGAAAGGAAAAGAGUGAAGAAAAGAAUGAAACAGUUGAUGAAAGCAGUGAAACAAAAAAAGGUACUAAUGAGGAACUAACUAACGAAGAUGGAGUGGUAAGUGAUUCAGACGGCGAGCGGAAGACAGGUGAAGAAAACAACGAAGAGCCAAAGGAAGCAAGGCAGAAGAAGAAAAUGUUGUUGCACAAGACUUCAAGCAUUUUUCUUCGUAAUGUUGCACCUAGUAUAACUAUGCAAGAAAUCGAAGCCGUUUGUAUGCGUUUUCCUGGUUUUUUGCGUGUUGGCAUGGCCGAUCCGUUACCGGACCGAAAAUUUUUUCGCCGUGGCUGGGUGACUUUCCGAAGAGAUGUAAAUAUCAAGGAAAUAUGCUGGAAUUUAAAUAACUUCAGGGUUCGUGAUUGCGAUCUGGGAGCUAUUGUUAAUAGAGAUUUGGCGCGUCGAGUACGUUCUGUGAAUGGUAUUACAGGUCACAAGCAAGUGGCUCAAAAUGAUCUUCAGCUAGCAGCGAAACUCGUAACUGUUUUUGACAAAAAGGCAAAUAUUUAUCAACCGGAGAAAGAGGAACAGGAGGGUGUUUUUGGAAUGGAUCCAGUAGGUAGAAGUCGCAACCCAUUGCUAAAAAAUAUAACCGAUUUCUUAAUUGAAGAGGCCAGUGCCGAAGAAGAAGAGCUUUUAGGCCUUUCUUCAGCUGGUGAUUCUGAUGAGGACCAAAAAAUCCGUUUUCAACGAGAUGAUACGUUACUUAAAAAGUUAGAUAGGAUUAUUUUAUAUUUACGUAUUGUGCACUCUGUUGAUUUCUAUAAUCACGGCGAAUAUCCCAACGAGGACGUGAUGCCAAACAGGUGUGGCAUGAUGCAUGUUCGCGCUGCCCCGCCAUCUCCGUCUCAGUGGGGUACAGAUGAGGGUGGGAAGACUUUAGUCUCUCAAAAAUUUGUCAACGACUUUAUUGCUCAAUUCACUGUCUAUAUCAACAAUGCAUUGCUUAAGGUUGAAAGUUUUAUCCAAGCAAAUUCGGUAGAACUGGCAAAAGAUAAGUGGCUUUGUCCUCUUUCUGGAAAGAAAUUUAAAGGACCAGAAUUUAUAAGAAAGCACUUGACUUCGAAACACCAAGAAAAACUCGAUCAAGUGAGACAAGAGACUAUUUUUUUCAAUAAUUAUUUGGCCGAUCCCAAACGUCCUCAACCUGCUGAAGUGAAGCCGCAACCUGCUCCACAGCCCGCAACCACUCAAAGGGAGGAACGUAGAGAGCGAGAAACUUUUGAAGACCGCAGAUUCAGUGGUCGUUCCGGAGGGUAUAGCGACCGGAACCGUGGUUAUAACGGUGGCGGACGUUAUGGGGGUUCUUAUGGGAGCCGUGGUUAUGAAAACCGUGGCCCUCCAAGGUAUUACGAACAGCCUUCAGGCAGGCGGGAACCUCGUGAACCAAUUUCUUACAAGGAUCUCGACGCACCGGAAGACGUAUUCUGA